GCGGGCCCUGGGCCCUUCAGGGAGAGCCCGGGCCAACGCUGGUAUCCCGGCCUCGGUCUCCGCUGGUUGCCGCCAGCCUGCGGCCCGGUCUCUGGUGGCGGCGCGCCCCGGUCUUCGUUUCGGGCCCGGCGGGUCAACGCCUGGCGUCACGGCUGCUUCGGGGAUCGCCCGGUCCGCAUCCGCCGACGUUUCCACUGCUGAGCAGAGGCGCCCCUGAGGCUUGCGACAGGGUGUCCUGCCGGCGCCCGUAGCUGGCGUCUGAGGUUAGGAGACCUUCAGAUCCUUGUGCACAAAGAGCAGGAUGAAGUUAAAGGAAAUAGAUCGUACAGCCAUGCAGGCAUGGAGCCCUGCCCAGAAUCAUCCCAUUUACCUAGCUACAGGAACAUCUGCUCAACAAUUGGAUGCAACAUUUAGUACCAGUGCUUCUCUUGAGAUAUUUGAGUUAGACCUUUCUGAUCCAUCCUUGGAUAUGAAAUCUUGUGCCACUUUCUCUUCCUCUCACAGGUACCACAAGUUGAUUUGGGGGCCUCAUAAGAUGGAUUCCAAAGGAGAUGUCUCUGGAGUUCUGAUUGCAGGUGGUGAAAAUGGAAAUAUUAUUCUUUAUGAUCCUUCUAAAAUUAUAGCUGGUGAUAAGGAAGUUGUGAUUGCCCAGAAUGACAAACAUACUGGCCCAGUGAGAGCCUUGGAUGUGAACAUUUUCCAGACUAAUCUGGUGGCCUCUGGUGCUAAUGAAUCUGAAAUCUACAUUUGGGAUUUAAACAAUUUUGCGACUCCAAUGACACCAGGAGCCAAAACGCAGCCCCCAGAAGAUAUCAGCUGCAUUGCAUGGAACAGACAAGUUCAGCAUAUUUUGGCAUCAGCCAAUCCCAGUGGCCGGGCCACUGUGUGGGAUCUUAGAAAAAAUGAACCCAUCAUCAAAGUCAGUGAUCAUAGUAACAGGAUGCAUUGCUCUGGGUUGGCGUGGCACCCUGAUGUUGCUACUCAGAUGGUCCUUGCCUCUGAGGAUGACAGGUUACCAGUGAUCCAGAUGUGGGAUCUUCGCUUUGCCUCCUCUCCACUCCGUGUCCUGGAAAACCAUGCCAGGGGGAUUUUGGCAAUUGCUUGGAGCAUGGCAGAUCCUGAAUUGUUGCUGAGCUGUGGAAAAGAUGCUAAGAUUCUCUGUUCCAACCCAAACACAGGAGAGGUGUUAUAUGAACUUCCCACCAACACACAGUGGUGCUUUGAUAUUCAGUGGUGUCCCAGAAAUCCUGCUGUCUUAUCAGCUGCUUCCUUCGAUGGGCGUAUUAGUGUUUAUUCUAUCAUGGGAGGGAGUAUAGACGGUUUAAGGCAGAAACAAGUUGACAAGCUUUCAUCAUCUUUUGGGAAUCUUGAUCCGUUUGGCACAGGACAGCCCCUUCCCCCGUUACAAAUUCCUCAGCAGACUGCUCAGCAUCGUAUAGUGUUGCCUCUGAAGAAGCCACCCAAGUGGGUCCGAAGACCUGUUGGGGCUUCCUUUUCAUUUGGAGGCAAACUGGUUACCUUUGCGAAUGUCAGAACACAGCCUCAGCAGGGAGCUGAGCAGCAGCUGCAGCAACACCACGUCUGCAUCAGUCAGGUCGUAACAGAAGAGGAGUUCCUUAGCCGGUCAGACCAACUUCAGCAGGUCGUGCAGUCACAAGGAUUUGUCAGUUAUUGUCAGAAGAAGAUUGAUGCGUCUCAGACUGAGUUUGAAAAAAAUGUGUGGUCCUUUUUGAAGGUAAACUUUGAGGAUGAUUCUCGUGGAAAAUACCUUGAACUUCUAGGAUAUAGAAAAGAAGACCUAGGAAAGAAGAUUGCUUCGGCCUUGAACAAAGUGGAUGGACCUGAUGUGGCUCUUAAAGACUCUGACCAAGUAGCACAGAGUGAUGGGGAGGAGAGCCCUGCUGCUGAAGAGCAGCUCUUGGGAGAGCGCAUUAAAGAGGAAAAGCAAGAAUCUGAAUUUCUACCAUCAGCUGGAGGAACAUUUAACAUCUCCAUCAGUGGGGAUAUUGAUGGUUUAAUUACUCAGGCUUUGCUGACGGGUAACUUUGAGAGUGCUGUUGACCUUUGUUUACAUGAUAACCGCAUGGCUGAUGCCAUUAUAUUGGCCAUAGCAGGUGGACAAGAACUCUUGGCUCGAACCCAGAAAAAGUACUUCGCAAAAUCCCAAAGCAAAAUCACCAGGCUAAUUACUGCAGUAGUGAUGAAGAACUGGAAAGAGAUUGUCGAGUCUUGUGAUCUUAAAAAUUGGAGAGAGGCUUUAGCUGCAGUAUUGACUUAUGCUAAACCAGAUGAAUUUUCUGCCCUUUGUGAUCUUUUGGGAACCAGGCUUGAAAGUGAAGGUGAUAGCCUCCUGCAGACUCAGGCAUGUCUCUGCUAUAUUUGUGCAGGGAAUGUAGAGAAACUAGUUGCAUGUUGGACUAAAGCUCAAGAUGGAAGCAAUCCUUUGUCCCUUCAGGAUCUGAUUGAGAAAGUUGUCAUCCUGCGAAAAGCUGUACAACUCACCCAAGCCAUGGACACUAACACUGUAGGAGUCCUUUUGGCUGAGAAGAUGAGUCAGUAUGCCAGUUUGUUGGCAGCCCAGGGCAGUAUUGCUGCAGCCCUGGCUUUUCUUCCUGAUAGCACCAACCAGCCAAAUAUUGUGCAGCUUCGUGACAGACUUUGUAGAGCACAAGGAGAUCCAGCACCAGGACAACAGGAGUCACCUAAAGUUCCUUAUGAGAGGCAGCAGCUGCCCAAGGGCAGGCCUGGACCAGUUGCUGGCCACACACAGAUGCCAAGAGUUCCAGCUCAACAAUAUUAUCCCCAUGGAGAAAAUCCUCCACCUCCAGGCUUCAUAAUGCAUGGGAAUGUUAAUCCAAAUGUUGCCGCAGCUCAGCUUCCCACAUCUCCCGGCCAUACGCACACCCAGGUGCCACCUUAUCCACAGCCACAGCCUUCUCAGCCAGCCCAGCAGUAUUCCUUCGGAACAGGGGGGUCAGCAGCGUAUCGACCUCAGCAGCCUGUUGCGCCCCCUGCUUCAAACGCUUACCCUAACACCCCGUACAUAUCUUCCGCUUCGUCCUAUUCCGGGCAGUCUCAGCUGUACACAGCACAGCACCAGGCCUCUCCACCUACCUCCAGCCCCACCGCCUCGUUCCCUCCUCCCCCUCCCUCUGGCGCGUCCUUCCAGCUCGGCGGACCAGGAGCUCCCCCGUCAUCUUCAGCGUAUGUGCUGCCUCCUGGAGCAACAGGUACACUGCCUGCUGCCGGCGAGCUGCCUGCAUCCCAAAGAACAGAAAAUCAGUCUAUGCAAGACCAGGCAUCUAUGUUGGAAGGUUCUCAGAAUGGUUGGAAUGAUCCUCCAGCUUUGAACAGAGUACCGAAGAAGAAGAAGAUGCCUGAGAACUUUACGCCUCCUGUUCCCAUCACAUCACCAAUCAUGAACCCCUUGGGUGACCCCCAGUCACAGAUGCUGCAGCAACAGCCUUCAGCUCCAGGACCACUAUCAAGCCAAGCUUCCUUCCCGCAGCCACACCUUCCAGGUGGCCAGCCCUUCCACGGCAUACAGCAACCCCUCAGUCAACCAGGCAUGCCUCCGUCUUUUUCAAAGCCCAAUAUUGAAGGUGCCCCUGGGGCUCCUAUUGGAAAUACCAUGCAGCAUGUGCAGUCUUUGCCAACAGAAAAAAUUACCAAGAAACCUAUUCCAGAUGAACACCUCAUUCUAAAGACCACAUUUGAGGAUCUUAUUCAGCGCUGCCUCUCUUCAGCCACAGAUCCUCAAACCAAGAGGAAGCUAGAUGAUGCCAGCAAACGUUUGGAGUUUCUGUAUGAUAAACUUAGGGAACAGACACUUUCACCAACAAUCAUCAAUGGUUUACACAACAUCGCAAGGAGCAUUGAGACUCGAAACUACUCAGAAGGAUUGACCAUCCAUACGCACAUAGUUAGCACCAGCAACUUCAGUGAGACCUCUGCUUUUAUGCCAGUUCUCAAAGUUGUUCUCACCCAGGCCAAUAAGCUGGGUGUCUAAAGGAUGGCUUCACUCUCAGCCACUAUUGCCGUUUUUCCAAAGAAACAUGUUUUAAAAAACGAUAAGAUGUGGACCAGUCCUCCUUAGCAUGUUUCCAUAGCAGCCAGUCAAGAACAUUUACAUGGUUUCUGCAGAUAUACUCACCUUAGACCUGCUCAAAACCCUGGUGCUUUCUUUUGUUUUAAUCUUUGAUUGCCUGUGAUGAUUUUCCUAUUCUGCAAAUAAUGUAUUUCCUGGAUUAUACAUAGUAUGCUUUCCUGAAGUAUUCUGAUAAAAUAUGGUUUUUGAAACCUCAGGUUUACUUUUUGGAGAAGGAGCCUUUGGUUAUGUGUAAAGCAGAGCUGAAACUAAAUUUCUUUCAUGUCCUCCCUACUUCCUCCGUGUCAAUCAGAUUAAAGUGUGUAAUCCUA